AUGGCUUCGAAUGGGAACACCCCGGCUCCUGCUGAUGAGGUGAGCAAGCCACCAGAGGGUGUGGUAUUGCCACCUAAAGACAUUCGAGCUAUUGUAGAGAAAACCGCCGGCUAUGUCGCUCGCAAUGGCAUUGUCUUCGAAGACCGGGUGCGCGAAAAGGAACGAAACAACCCCAAAUUCUCCUUCCUCAACCCCGAUGACGCUUACGCAAAUUUUUAUCAAUGGCGAUUAAACGAGAUCAAAGAGGGACGAGGUACCACGGUGGCAGCAGGCAGACCGGGAGAGCCAACAGCAGCUCCUGAACCCGAGAAGCCCAAGGGUCCCGCGGAGCCCCCAGAGUUUCACUUUUCGGCGCGGAUGCCCAUCAUCAACGCGCAAGAUUUGGAGGUCGUCAAGCUUACCGCGCUCUACGUCGCCAAGAGGGGGAAAUCGUUUAUGACCGCGCUGUCGCAGCGCGAAGCGAGGAACUUCCAGUUCGAUUUCCUGCGCCCACAGCAUAGUCUCUACCAAUUUUUCACUCGGUUGGUCGAUCAGUACACAAUUCUCCUGAGAGCGGAGGGAAUCGAUGGGUCGACAUCAGAGAAGAACAGGCUUGCUGAGCUGGAGUAUAACGUGAAGAACAAAUUCCACAUUCUAGAGCGGGCGAAACAGCGUGCCGAGUGGGUGAAAUUUCAAGAGCAACAGAAGCAGAAGAAGGAAGAAGAGGAGGAACAAGAACGAAUAACCUAUGCGCAGAUCGACUGGCAUGAUUUUGUGGUCGUCGAAACGGUUCUCUUUACGGAAACGGACGAUCAGACCGACCUUCCUCCCCCUACUUCUCUGAACGAUCUACAGUCCGCCUCCCUAGAGCAGAAGGCCAUGAUGUCGCUGAACCCGCUCCGCAUUGAAGAAGCAAUGCCAACAGAGGAAGAGGCCCCAACAUAUUACAACGCCUAUCCUGCACAGCAGCCCGAACCUAUGGUACACCCUGCUCCUCCAUCUGUAUCACCAUAUCCUCCACAGACACCCAUCCCGCAACCCUACCCGAUGGCCACCGCAGCCGCUCAGGAAGAAGAGCAACGGAUUCGUGAGCGCAUGGAGGCCCGCGAACAAGCAGCAGCCGCACAAGCCGCCGCGAGAGCAGCUCCCGGCCAGCAGCCCAUGCGCAUCCGGUCCGACUACGUACCGCGCGCCCAGGCGCGCCGUCUCAAUCCUUCGGGUGCCACUGCACCUUGCCCCAACUGUCAUCAGCAGAUUCCUGUGGCGGAACUCGAACAGCAUAUGCGUAUCGAACUGCUGGAUCCCCGGUGGAAGGAGCAGCGCGCCAAGGCCGAGUCACGUAGCGCGACCACCAACCUGUCAACUGCGGAUGUUGUGAACAACCUGAAACGCCUGGCAAGCCAGCGAAGCGACGUGUUCGACUCAUCACUUACCGCGCCCCUCGAUCCCGAGGAGGAAGCACGAAAGAAGAGAAUGGCUUUUGAGAACGUCCCCGGUGCUGGUCCUACACCGCCGAUGGUCGGUCCGACUGGGGGAGCUCCCAAUCCUCAGAGCUUGAACAUCGAGGAACAGAUCAGACACAUUCACGAGCGAUACAAACAUGGCUAA